UCCGGUGGUUGACAGUUGAUGAUGUGAUGGUUAUGACCCGAAACAAGUUCAAACAGUCGGAGGGCAGGGUCAAUCCGAGAUCGUGUUGGUUUUUGGUGUGAAAUGUAAACCGAAAUUAAAGGUUAAUGGCGACACGGCUUUUAAGUGGCUUGUGUUGGGAGCACCGAAACAAAACCAGAAAGGAAAACAAAACCGAGAGGUUUUAGGUUUGUCAGUUAAGUGAAGUGCGUCCGGAAAUGAGAUUGAAUUUACUAGUGUUGACAGAUUGGGGGGAUGAAUAGGAAGUGAUUCAGGAAAUUGCCACUGGCACUGAUCCGCUGGUCAACGGAAUUCUGACUCAAGGACAGUCGGUUGGGUGGAUUAAAAGCAAACUAAGUUUGGAUAUAAAGUAGCAGCUCUAGUGACUAGUUUUUUUUAUCUAACGUGUGGAUUAAAUCAAGUUUGUCACCCGUUCGAAAAAGUCAACCAGUUAACAAUUCAACGACUUUUCGUAGCAGCGUGUGUUUGACAGCCUUGUUAGAACUCUGAUCAUAAUGAUGUUUUUUGUUUUUAAGAAAUUUACGAUAAGUGCUAUGAGAACGCUACUUUGACCUGUUUAUGUUCACUUCCUUUUUUUUAAGUUAACAGUAGUAGCGAAAAGUGGUGAAAAGAUAUAGAAAAGUGGUCAAACUCAGAUAUUUCUCGACGGAUUCACGAGUCUUUGGCAUUUUUCGGUCAGAAAUUCUCCUACGAUAGGGUUCUUCGAAGCAGGAACCAUCGUUGGAAAUCGUAAUACUCUAGUGAUAAACGGAUGUGCCUCUGAUAAGAGCUUGAGAAUUUAACUAUCUUACUAUCUUACUAGCUUAACCAUCGACUUAAUGCAUUGACAAACAAUAUUUUUAUUUUGAAUUUUUCCAGAUUAAGUGAGGUGAGGGGACAGGUCUCUGAACAAAUGUUGGAAAAAAAACUAAAAGUCUUUUUGAAAUGACUUAAUACAUACACGAUACAGGAUACAGGAUACAGGUCGGACUGUAGUUAGCUACGAAAAAUAAAUAUAUUUACUAAUUGCAUAUUUAUUCGAGUAUUAUACCUGUAUUAUACAAAAAAAAAACGAAUUUUUAUUUGAUUUAUAAUCAGGGUGGCCACUCUACCGGGAAAAGCUUAAAAAAGCAGGGAAUUUCAAAUCAUCGGAAAAAAGACAGGGAAACCGGGAAAUCAGGCUUGACGCCGGGAAAUCAUGAUCCUGCAUGUCUACUGUUUCAUUUGUUCAACUUUUACUGAGGAAAUAUCAACGUGAAAACCUGUAAUUUUUUUUGCAUGAUGACCUAAUUGGCAUGAUACUGCCGGUUAUGGAAAAGCUGGUUGUUGGUUAGCUCAGCUUAGCUUAGCUUGACUGACUGCACAUAUCAAUGGUUGCACUCCGUGAUUGAUCCGAAUCAGUAAAAUUGUACAGUGAAUCAACUGAAUGGGGUUGGCAGUGACCGAUCAUUCGCAUUGUACAAGUUUUAGUGACUAAUAAUUUAAAGGAUCAAUAAUGACGGCCGGCCACGUCCUUGCAAUCAGGUAGGAAGAGGGUAGGGAUGUUAGUGUGACCCUUGCUAUUUGGAGACCGUGUUUACCUCUGCAUCUCCACAAAGGUCACAGGAAGGAGGUUUUUGUUAGUAGGGGAGGUCUCGUUGGAUCAGAAUUCACUUUGAUAAGUGAUGCGAUCAUACAUAUAACUCCUAUCCGUCUCUUUUUAGCUAUUUUCGGUUUAUUCUAUAGUCAGCCGGCUGAUUAGAGGAACACAACUAACUUAUUUAUAUCUGGUACCGGUUUAGACCAAGAGACAUUACCAAUGCCUUUGGGGCCGCACACAGGUGUGCAUGGUUUAUUUCAAUGGAGCACAAAAUUGACCUAUUUUACAAUAUAAUGUUAUUGGAGCCACGCAUAUACGACUACAUGGUGUGAAUCUGAUUUGAACCAAUACACCAUAAGAAGGCCAUUCCGAGUAUCAGAAACGCAGAAACGCACUUCGAUAAACGCGGCUCUUUAGAAGGUAUACUUUGCGUAGCCAUUAGAUUAUUCAAGAUAUUCAUAAACCGAACGAAACUUACUCCGAUGACGCUUAUAUCAAAGCAAUUGGUGAACAAUCUCCGGCUAAACGGACAACCCGAGACCGAGUUUAUUUCUGAAUCUCUACUACUGCGGCUGAAAGAAAGCCAUAGUCCCACAACCCUUCCCGCAAGAUGUCACUCCUCGCCCCAUGUCCGUGGAAAUUUGCACUGGUGGUAUUCCUGCUUGCCGCCAGCUGUACGCAAGCCAAUGAUGAGGAUCAAGAUCUGCUAGCUUCCGCCUCCUCCUCCUCCUAUAAGUCAGUUUCUUCUCUCAAAACGAUCACCCGACACAAACGUGCGCUUGGCUUCUUUCAGAAGAUUGGCAAGAUGGGGAAAAUCAUCUACCAGCAGUACAACGACACCACCUGGACGUUGAAGAACAUCUACGACAUCCUGAGCAACGAGUUUACCGACACUUACACCACAACCACACCGGAUCCCCGGUUACCAACAACGACCCCAGAUCCCUCGACAAGCACCACCGCCAAGUAUCGAAUCACCCGAGCGGAAUUGGGCCGCAUUUUGAACCGGAACUACCGAGGUCUGCAGAAACUGUUCCGAUUAGAGUGGAAUGACGCCUGGAACCAAACCAAAUAUAACGUGGCAAUUUACAAGAAGGAACUGGAGAAUUCCGUGUACGGUCCUGGGAAUAUUACCAUCGCAGGGAACAGUACGGCGCUGAAACCUUAAGCAAUAUGCCGGUGAACGAAAAAAACGAAAAAAACGAGAGAACUGAUGAAGGGAUUUUUUUCUGUGAUAACAGCCAGUGUUGUACUGCUUUUUUGUUUUGUUUAGUUUGCAAUGGGAAAUUGUUUAUCCUACUAGGUGCAGGAGGAAAAUAAGAAACCAAUUUGCUCAGUUCUUCCAUUUAGGUUAGGUGCGAUAUCGAUAUCGACAAAAUUAACGGGAACACGAAUCUGUUAGCUUUCUCGAUACGUUCGUCGAUUUUCUAGUACAUUAGAUUUUAGAUAGAGAGUAAGAGUAUGUACGUGUAGUGCCAAUAAAAAUUGUUUAGUGCGUACCUGAAAUUCAGUGGUUCAAAGAUGAGCAACAGUCAACCUUGGAAUUUAUUGGUGACCGUCGGCAUUUUUCUGCCUGACAUUGACCGAAUGGAUAACGAUCGCACCAGCGGCAUCAUCAAACUUAUCGAAUUCACGCGAGUCGUUUGUUUGCUUUCUUUUUCGUUUUUCUACGACAGAAGCACCAAAGUUAACACCUAGCUUGUGAAUUAUUUUCAACUGAGCGUGAACUGACUGAUGCAUCGACCGUGAAAAGUGGCGUCCGGCUGGUUAGUUGGGCAAUUGACGCUGAAGGUUAAUCUUAAAGUUGGUUAAUCCCGCUUAAACUGCUUGAUGCGACACGGAUGGUAGCAUUUUCGACCUUCAAAAUGUGUCUGUGUGUAUGGUAAGCAAAAUUGCAGCACGAUCAACAUUUGGAACAUUGCGAUUACAAUUCGUUUAAGAAAUUUCCGACCUCCAAUUACAACAGAAGAGGAUGCAAUCUGCCCAAAUAAGACAGAAGAUUGAACACGAAAAAGUGAUUUUGGGCUUAGACGCUGUCUUUAGAAAAACCAAUAGUUGCUCUAUGCUAUGCAUAAGCAGAACAGCAGAUUUGAGUUUCUUCUGGAAUAUAAAAUAUGAUGCUCUCUUCCACAGAUAUCGACGUGCAAAAUGACGAAUAUAAAACAAUGAUCAGCAGGUCAAUAGAGAAAAAUACGAAAUUAUGUCAUUGGAAUCGUCCGUUGAAUGUGAAUGUUCACCGUUGAAAAAAAACCAAAAGGACACAGAAAUAAAAUCAUGAAGGACGAUAAUUCCUUCAAUUCGACGUACCGUUGGAACCUCUUAUUCGACCUUGUUUUUGGAACUCCUUUAAGCAAGUGUCAUUAUAAAUUUAUCUUCUAUGCAUGCGGAACGCGCACUGCCAAAACUACUCAUACAGCAUCAAUCAUAUAGCGAAUUUCUUUAUUCCACUGUGCGCGGGCAAAACUGCCGAGGUAUAAUAAAACGUCAUCGCCAUUUAAGACGCAAGUAAGAAAGAGAUGCCAGAUAAUUGUUUACGAACUUAGCACGUGCAGUAGUGGGUUGAAGCUGACAAAUUUUACAGUGCGCUUCGGGCAGCACGGCAGGUCAAAACUGGGUCAAAAUCGAGCGAAUGAAGAAGGGUUUUGACAGCAGUUAGUGCGCUUCCAGGUCAAAACGAGGUGAGCUGGUGGAAUAAAGAAAUUCGCUAAUAGUAACCCAUGAGUCAGCAGAUAAAUAUUAACCACGUUAUCAGUCGAACUCUAACCGUGAUGGUGAAAACAGUGAAGCUACUCCGUUCAGAAGUGUGUCUGUUCGUUUGGCCGGGAGGUCGGUGCAACCAGCCGAACAGUGAAAAUGUACCAGGCGAACAUGGACAUAUAUGUAAGAAAGCAGCAGUCCCAUCCAUUGAUCUCGGAGCUGCAGGCAAUUUUAUUUUAUUUUAUUUUAUUUAAAUUUCAUCUCACA